UCUGGGUUGCACAUAAAAGACAACCACUGAAGUCAGCCCCCGAUUUCAAACAGUGCUAGUCAAAACAGCCCGAAAGAAAGAUGGCAAGGAUGUUGAUGCUUUUGCUCUUGGGUCUUGUGGCUCUAUGUGCUGGGAAUGGAGUAUUUAUGGACAGACUUGCUUCCAGGAAGCUGUGUGCAGAUGAAGAGUGUGUCUAUACUAUUUCCCUGGCUCAAGCUCAAGAAGACUACAAUGCUCCAGACUGCAGAUUCAUUAAUGUUAAAAAAGGGCAACAGAUCUACGUUUACUCAAAGCUGGUCAAAGAAAACGAAGCUGCAGAAUUUUGGGCUGGCAGUGUUUAUGGUGACCACAAGGAUGAGAUGGGAAUCGUGGGUUAUUUUCCCAGCAGUUUGGUCAAGGAGCAACGUGUGUACCAGAAGGCCACCAAGGAAGUUCCUACCACGGAUAUUGACUUUUUCUGUGAGUAAGACACCCAUGAAAACUGAAGAUAAAAGCGAACACCAAAAAAGGAAGAAUAAAGAAAAGUAACCCCCAAAUGUAUAUUUCUAAUUGUUUACUUUUGUUACCUGAGACUGGGGCUUGGGAAUAGAGGUGGCAGGUAAAAGAUUUUCAACUCAGUCUUCUUUUCUACUAGUCUGAUCUUCCCAGAAGCUGGAGCAGGCUGGAGGUUUGACUUAAAUGCAUGCACUGAUACCAAAGAUAUGUUUUUCAGCCCAGAGAAUUUUUAUAUAUGU